AAAAAAUGAUCUUGAAAUUAAAAUAAAUUUGAUCUCUGGUUUUUAAUUUUAAUGUUAAUAUAUAUUUUUUUUUAAAUAAAUGCGAUUUGAAUCUAUAAUCACAAAAGAGGGAUUAAUGUUGCUUAUUGCUUAUUCAUUUACAUGUUUUAUUAAUAUUAGCAUAUUAUUAUUGAAAAUCAACCAAUUCGCAUGUAAUGUUGAUAUGAACAAGCGAAUAUAUUCUUUAUGAAUUGAGAGAAAAACGAAUGUCAACAUGUGACAUUGACAAAUGCAAAAUGUAACUAUCCAACUUUCGGUCAAAAUUAUUUCUAAAUUACCUGUUUAUUCAUUUAAUGUUGCAUUUGCCGUUCAUCUUCGUUUACUAUUACUUUUUUUCUUUCUUGUGUACAUACUUUAUUACUUUAUAUUCAAAAAUUCAUAGUAUUAAUCAUAAGGAAACAUUAUAUUUUCAAACAACAUGCUAUCACGAUACUUAACCUCACUUUCCUUCAAACUCCUCAAUAAGAAUCCAAGGUAAUAUGAUACAUUCGUUGCGUCCAUUUUUAUUUUCCCAAGAACGUAUUUAAUUCUAUGUUAGUUUUCCAUUUGAUCAUAAAGGUUUUGUUCUGUUCUGUCAUUUCAGUAGCCUGUGGAAAUGCAAACGGUGUCAAUUUCAUGUUAGUGUGGCGCGUCAGAAAAAGAAAAAAAGCAAAGUGCUGAAUCGUCUAAACCAAUUCUGGAGCCUAUGUGUAAAAAUGCUAUAGUGCUUGGAGGAUCUGAUGGCUUUGGUUUUGCAGCGGCUGAUCAUCUCUUGCUCAAAGGAGCACGUGUUGGUGUUUUCUACUGUCGUAAUAGCUGAUCAUGAUCCUGAAGAAGGGAGAAUAGCAGUCGAAAGACUGUGCAGUUUUCAUGGAAAAAAUCGCUCAUACUACGCUCAUUAUAAUAUAAUGAGUGAUUGUCAUAGUCACAGUAGUUUACACGAUGCUCUUUGCAAACUCAAAGUGAUUCAUAUUAUUUUUAACAAUGUUGAUAAAGAAAAGACAUCGAAUCCGAAGAUCGAAGAAAACACUAUACACAAAACGAUUCGAAUAGGCUUGGAACUUUUAGGGAAGAAUAAUGGUGGUUCUGGCGGAAUAAUAAUAAACUGUGCGAGUAUUUUCGGGUUCUUGGGAUGGCCUCAAGAUCCAUUCCCAAUUUAUUGCAACAAAGAACCUGCUAUAGAAGUCACCCGACAUUUCGCGAAAAAGUAUAAUGUGGAAACAACUGGAGUUCGUUUAGUGGCACUUUGUCCAACGAAUAAACACCUUCGCGACAUAGGAUUGCCAAUUUUUCCAGACCCUCUUCCAAAUAAAACUAUGUGUGAAUUGCCAACUUGUAUUCCGCAUUCGAAGUAUCACAUAGGAACAGCUGUAAGUCAUAUAUUAGCGUGGGCAAAAAACGGAAGUGCGUGGUUGGUCGAACCUGCAAUCAGCGUCAAUCAAAUUCCUCAAUUACUUCAUUUUCCGGAGAAGGAAGGCGAACAAGUUGACCCCAAAGUCUAUGAAACACAAUAUUGUACCGUGAAUAUUGACCCACCCUGUGCCAAAGCUAAAGUAUGUACACCCACGAAAGAAGAAAUGUGCAUAAAGAAAGAAAAAAAAGAUAAAAAAAAAAAGAAAAAGAAAGAAAAGAAAUGAAUCAUUCCUUUUUUUACAACGUAGAAUUAUUAUGUAAUUGUUAAUUCAUCAAAUCAACUGCAGAAAUCAAACAUGUCCUGUUAAUUAUAAUGAUAUAUUAUAACGAUGUAUAAAAAUAUUUUUUGUCAAUCAUACAUGU